AACCUCACUGCGGCGCGCAAGGAGGAACCGCCUGUCUGUGUUAACUGAACAUCUCCAGCCAGCGCUGUGUCUUCACAGUUCGCUGCCUUUCAGAAGCACUGUCUGCUUAUCAGGACCGCCAAUGUGCCUGUAAUAUUUCCAGCCGCUGAACAGCUCCUGAAACACUGCCUGGUUCCCUUCAGGCGCAGUUUGAAACAGGGUUAUGAGGGGUUAGGGGUUGUGUUCUGUGCUGUGGAGUGACACGUGAAUCAGGAUGCUGGAGGAGGAAGAUGUGGAGGUGGCAGCAGGAGGAGGAGGGAUGAGCCUCCAAGCCGAGGUGGAGAGGCUGACAGCGGAGCUCCAGGAGGCCAACGAAGAGAAGCUCCAGGCUGCUCGAUAUGGCCUGGCUGUGCUGGAGGAGAGCGCAGCACUGAAGAGCAGACACAGCCACCUGGAAGAGGAGCAUGAGGCCCUUAAACUGGAGCUGCAGCAGCUCCGUGAGGCCCUGGCUGAUUCUGUGAACAGCCAAAAGCGUGCUGCAGCAGAUGGGGAGAGUCGAGAGGAGAGUUUGCUACAGGAGACGGCCAGUAAGGAGGCUGCCAUGGCAACGCGAAUGGAGGAGCUGCAGUUGGAGCUAAAGCAGGCUCGUAUGGCACUGACCAAUACUACAGCUGAAAAUGAGAGGCUGGCCAGCGUCUCUGUGCAGCUGAAGAAGGAGUGUGAGUGUUUGGAUGCUGAGAAGACUCAUAUGAGAGAGGAGUUGAAGGAAUAUAAGGUACGGGAGCUGCAGCAGCUUCAGGACAACAGUGAGCUGGAGGAGGAGAACAUCUCCCUGCAGAAACAAGUUUCUGUUCUCAAAGAAAACCAGGUGGAGUUUGAGGCUCUGAAGGUGGAUCUGACUCAGAAGGAGGAAGAGCAGGAGUUGCAGCGGGCGCAGCUGGAGGAGGCUGGCCGGCUGAGAGAGAUUGCAGAGCGGCAGCUGGAUGAGGCCCUUGAGGCCCUGAAGGAGGAGCGCGAGCAGAAGAACAGUCUGAAGAGGGAGUUGGCCGCACACACUCUCAACCCUUUUGAAUCGGUGGUCCACCUGGACCUGCAACUAGACGACAGCUUGGACGGCGGUGGGGACAAAGAGGCGGGAGUAGAAGAGGAGGCAGAGCAGGACAGUGGUUAUAACCACUCUAAAGGAAGCGAAAAGCAGCGGUGCUCCACUCCAAGGAGCAGUGACGUCUUCCUCCGGCCUCAGGCUCCAGGGCUAGUGGCUGACCUGCUGAGCGAGCUACACCUGUCUGACAGUCAGAAGCUGAAACAGCAGCUGCUGCAGGUGGAGAAAGAGAAAGCCACUCUUGCCUGUACAGUCCAAGACCUCCAGGAGCAGCUGGCCCUGUCUAAAGAGGUUCUGGACGAGCACAAAGUGAAGGUGGAGCAACUCUCCCAGCGUUUGGAGGCCCUCCAGGGUUGCAGCACUUCCUCUGUUCCCCAGUCCAGAACCGACAGGCAAGGGGACAUGACUGGCCUUGCUGCUGGCCCUCAUCAGAAUGGUCUGGAGGCAAAAAACGGAGAUGACUUCUAUGAGCUGGAUGCCAAAAGUGCAGAAGUGCUGGAGUGCCGAAUGAGAGCAGCCAACGCGGAGUUGAUGCAGCUGCGGGAUGAGCUGAGGGAGGCGGGCGAGCGCUGCAAGGCUCUGGAUGAGCGCUACAAGCAGGAGAAAGAGCGUUGGAGGGCAGAGGCGCAAGAGCUGGCUGACAAAAUCCGCCAGUGUAUUGCUGCAAGCCGGCAGGACCAAGAGCGCAUAGGGCAGCUGGAGAAGGAGAUAGGUGCUACGCGGCGGGUUGCCACAGACUCAGAGGGCCACCUCAGCGCCACGCAGGAGGAACUUCUGGCAUUUUCUGAGGAGCUGGCCAAUCUAUACCAUCAUGUGUGUGUGUGCAACAACCUCACACCCAGGAGAGUCACAUUGGACUACUAUCGUGAAGGAGCUCGAGGUGGAAGACACCACCAUUCUCACUCUCAUCACCACCACGGAGCCUUCCGGAAGCAGAGGCGUUCGGGGGAGACAUUGGGGAAGGGAGCCCACUCUGUGGAGGUAGACUUCGGAGGACCAAGUGGAGAUACUUCCCCUACCUAUGGAAGCUGUCCUGGGUCGCCCACACUGGACUUCAGGGACCCCACUAAUGUGCGGAACCUGGUAGCGCUUAUUCGGGUCCAAAUUAAACACCUCCAGGUGGCUGUGGACCUGUGCAGGCAGCGUGGCACCUUGCCCUCUCCAGCAGUUGGGAGAAGCAGUGACUCUGACCGUGAUGCAGAUGCACUACUUGAGGAGGUGCUGAAGCUCAAAUCUCUCUUAAGCACCAAGAGAGAACAGAUCGCCACACUCAGGACUGUCCUGAAGGCAAACAAACAGACAGCAGAGUUGGCUUUGAGCAACCUGAAGACCAAGUAUGAGACAGAGAAGAGUAUGGUGUCUGAGACCAUGGUGAAGCUGAGGAACGAGCUGAAAGCACUGAAGGAGGACGCUGCUACCUUCUCCUCGUUACGGGUCAUGUUUGCAAGCAGAUGUGACCAGUAUGUAACUCAAUUAGACGAGAUGCAAAGGCAGCUGGCUGCUGCAGAGGAUGAGAAGAAGACGCUCAACUCCCUCCUCCGUAUGGCCAUCCAGCAGAAACUGGCCUUGACCCAACGAUUGGAGGACUUGGAGGCUCCCUUGCUCCCCCACAGCAACGGAGGCAGCCCGCGACGUUCCCGCACGAAACAGCUGGGUACCAAAUCAGGCAGAGCUCCACGGAGUCCCAUGAGGAGCAGCCCGCGUGCCAGCCCUGUGAUGGUGUCCUCUUCUGGCCCUCAAAGCAUGAGUGGCCAUUUGAGGGCACUUUCGCGCAGCCUCCAUGGCAGCCCUCGAUGAAAGCUCCUCCACCCUUCCUCUCCUACUCCAGUGUGUGUGGACCGUGUUCAUGCCCAGCUCAGAACCACCCUUAACCCUCCAGACCUGACCUGCCAUCCACUUCAUCACAGACCACAACACAUUGGGCUUCUCUCUUUCUUACCCUCUUCAUCUGUCCUUUCACUUUUUUUUUUUUUUUUU